GAUCCCAGAGCUGUGCGUCUCACGCGGCUGGUUGCUCUGACCGAGGUGCAGAGGCUCGGGUGGCCGCGCGAACCGACAGCGAGCAGACUGAAGCCCGGCGGCCGCGAGCUGUGCUCAAGUCCCAGCCAGGCUCGUGCCCAGAAGCGGGCAACACACUGUGCCCGGAGGAAUCGCCUGUGCGCUCCGUCGCCUGGCUCUGCGUACCCGCGCCCAGUGGCCACCGCCUCCAAAGUGAUUGCUGCCUCUCUGUCUCUUGCGGUCGGGGACCAUGAAGCUGCUGCCGUCGGUGUUGCUGGCUGCAGUGCUCUCAGCGUUGGUGACUGGUGAGAGCCUGGAGAGGUUUCAGAGAGGGCUGGCAGCUGCAACCAGCGACCCAGACCCUCCCGCUGGAUCUACAGAUCAGCUGCGACCCACGGGAGGUGGUGACCGUGCCCGGGAAGUCCUGGACUUGGAAGGGUCAGAUCUGGACCUGUACAAAGUUGAUUUCUCCUCUAAGCCUCAAGCUCUGGUCACACCAAGCAAAGCAGAGCAUGGGAAAAGAAAGAAGAAAGGCAAGGGGUUAGGGAAGAAGAGAGACCCAUGCCUUCGGAAAUACAAGGACUUCUGCAUUCAUGGAGAAUGCAAAUAUCUGAAGGAGUUCCGGGCUCCAUCAUGCAUCUGCCACCCAGGUUACCAUGGAGAGAGGUGCCAUGGGCUGAGCCUCCCCGUAGAGAAUCGCUUAUAUACAUAUGAUCACACUACUAUCCUGGCUGUAGUGGCUGUGGUGCUGUCGUCUGUCUGUCUGCUUGUCAUCGUAGGACUGCUCAUGUUUAGGUACCAUAGGAGAGGAGGUUAUGAUGUGGAAAAUGAAGAGAAAGUGAAGUUGGGCAUGACUAAUUCCCACUGAGAAAGACCUUUGCUCAAGGAAAACAGCGGAGGCCAGCUACCUCUGAGAAGCCACAAGUUGUUUGCCAACACUGCAGAAGAAAAGGACUUCACAACUCGCCAUGAAGACUUCACCUCCAGUUGCCAUCUUGACUGGACCUCCUGUAAUUGCUCUGCCAAAAUGCCAACCUUCAAGUGCCAAACAGAAUAUGUCCAGUGGGAUUUGGAUCAGAGGAGAGUAAAAGGGGAAAGGGUCUUUGGGACCUUCUGAUUUUCUCCCACCAAACCUACUCUCCUCUCAGUUUUAAAAAAUAUUUAAAUACUCAUCUUCAGAAUUAAAGUUAUUGGUUAAAUUCCACCGAUACACUCCAGGAUCUUUGACUAAAAAUACAAAAGAAAGAGAGAAAAGAAGGAAAGAUUUGUGGACUAGAAGAAAGCAACAAAGGUUGAGAAGCUGUGUACUCAAGUAGCCACCAAGGCAUCUGUUACUUGGACCCUCCAGAGCUGGAUUUGAUGAGCUAACUGUGAAAUAUUAUAAGCCCAAGAACUCUGAGUUUUGGGACUUCUGCCAAGAUUGGAAAAAAAAAAAAAAAAAAAACUAUUUUUUGUUGUUGUUUGUUUGUUUGUAAAAUGCCUCUUAAAUUAUAUAUUUAUUUUAUUCUAUGUAUGUUAAUUUAUUUAGUUUUUAACAAUCUAACAGUAAUAUUUCAAGUGCCUAGACUGUUACUUUGGCAAUAUACCUGGCCCUCCUCACAUCCCUGCCGUCUGGCUCAAUGCCAUACUCCCCUGUGGCAAAUCUUAGAUGGCCCAAUCUAUUUCUAUGACCCAUCUAUUUCUGAAGAUCUCCCAGGAUCAGAGUGCCCUGAGGAGAGUUCUGAUGGUUGGGAUGUAGGAUGUCAGAGCCACUCUAUGAGUUGGACUGCAGUCUUGCCUAGGCAAUUUUGUCUACCAUUUGUGUUUUGGAAGCCAAAGGUGCUGAUGUCACAGUGUAACAGAUAUCAGUGUUUUCCUGUGUCUCUUCCCUGAGAAAUCUCAGAAGAGUUUGGGUAUCUGUGCCUGCAGCUUUUCUGAUACCCCCUCCCCCAACCACCCAGAGAAUGGAUGCCCAUUCUCCCUUGUGUCAAGACAUUUCUCUCCUGCCAUUCUGGUGCUACUCCAUGCAGGGGUCAGUGCAGCAGAGGACAGUCUGGAGAAGGUGUUAGCAAAGAAAAAUGCUGAGGAGGAACAGGAAAAAUUGGAGUUAACUGUUCUUGCUAAUUUGUUAAUUCUCAAUUGCUGAGGAAAAUAUUAGAAGUGAGGAAAGCUUGUGUGAACCCUCACCCCAUCACCAAAACUACAAAGGAAUGCUAUUAUGGUCCCUUCUGGAAGUUUUUGGUGCCAUUUCUGAACUGUUACAACCUGUAUUUCCAAACCUGGUUCAUAUUUGUACUUUGCAAUCCAAAUAAAGAUAACCCUUUC